AUGAGCAGCGAGGCGGAGAAGGCGCAGGCGGCAGCCAGCGCCGCCGACACGGGCGCACCCACCAUUUUCGACAAAAUCAUCGCCAAGCAGAUCCCCGCCCAGAUAAUCUACGAGGAUGAGCAGGCGCUGGCCUUCCGCGACAUCUCGCCGCAGGGGCCCGUCCACUUCCUGGUGAUCCCCAAGGUGCGCAACGGCCUGACCCAGCUGUCCAAGGCCAAGGAGGAGCACAAGCCGCUGCUGGGCCACCUGCUGUACGUGGCUGCCCAGGUAGCGAAGCAGGAGGGGCUGUCCCAGGGUUACCGCGUGGCCAUCAACGACGGCCCCAACGGCUGCCAGUCGGUCUACCACCUGCACCUGCACAUCAUCGGCGGCCGGCAGAUGAGCUGGCCUCCGGGCUAG